AUGGACUACAAAGAGAUUCUUAAAGACCUACGGAAAGAGUCAAGUUCUGUAAAGGCCAGGUUACAAUCUAUCCUCUUUGAUAAUGAAUACGUCACACGUUUCGCUGAUCAAUGUUUAGUUGCGAAUGAGAGAUGUGGACUGUGGUACGUUGACCCAAAAGAACUGACUCACUCAGCGUACUUCAAGUCGACUGAUGGACAUACGGGUGAGUGGAAAUUCUCCAUGCGCCGUUUGAACUUUCAUCUUCUUGCUUUAUUAGGUGAAUUUCGCAACAUAGUUUUGGUGGAUUCAACCAGGAAGGGCAAACUAAUGCCAGAUGCCUUGCUGAAGACGGUGCCAAUCUGGUGCGCUGUUUUGACUUACAUCAUGUACGAAGAUGACGAUAUGGAGAUUCCAAAUGAUUGGAAUUCCUUAAAAUCGGAUAAUUGGUUACUCACUCCGCCGGAAAUGGUCUCAAGAAGUGAGCAUGCCGCAAUAGCAAAAACUAUACCUCUUCAUGCAAGAGAGUUAAAACAAUUGGGGCUCAUUACAAAAAAUGCUCUCAUAGCGAAAUUGGGAUGCAAGUCUCCAAUUCUUCCGCUGUGGGUGUACCCUGGAAAGCCCUCACAGAGCUUGGGCUAUCGCCCCAAUUGCUUCACCGUAUGCUGCUUGACUACAUCGUACCGUACCAGUCCUGGAUUUGUAGUUCCAGAUUGGAACUAUCUGUAUCCAUAUGUUCAAGGCGCUGGAGAUGACCAUGAAUUGUGGGCUUCCCAUGAUUUGUGUGGAGGUGCACUCAGCCCUCUGUUCUUUUGGACCAAAGUCUUGACUGAAAAAGAGGAUGAUUCGCGAAUCAUAGAUGAUGAUAUGAAGAUUUAUAGUUGGCUAAGUGAACAAGAGUUGAAAAAUAGACUCAACCAAAUUUAUCUCGAUCACUCAAAGUCCACCAGUUCAGACAGUUUGAACCUUGAGGUCACUCAAUUAGGUGAGUCCGGGUUAUCCAUUGGAAUCAUAAAGGGCAAUGUCUCCUUUGACACUUUCCGUUUGGGCGCUGAAUAUUCUAUAGUGAUAAUUCUUUCGGAGAAGUGGAGAGUUAUUGAUGUUCCACAGAAGUGCUCCACGAAGGUUCUACAGUUUCAAGUUGAAUCGUCAAAGAAAGGCUCAAAAAAACUCCGCGAGAUUCUACCGCAGAUUCUCUCCAAUGUUGGGGAGCUUGAAAUCAACGAGAGAGUCUGUAUCGCAUGUGAUUCGGGCCAGGAUUUAAGUGUCGCAGUUGCUUUGUCUCUUUUGUGCCUCCAAUUUGAUUUGAAAUGGCUGCGAACAACAAAUCAUCAAAGAGUGAACAAAGAUAUAAUCAAACAGCAUUUGGCGCUUAUUUCAGAACAUAGGCGUGUCAACCCGAGCCGUAACUCACUCCAAAGUGUUAAUGCAAGCAUCUUGGGAUAG